AUGGUAGGCUUUGUGGAGAUUACGCGAGUGGAAGAAUUUUCAGCGGCACACCGUCUGCACAGCAAAUUCUUAAGUGAAGAAGAGAAUCAAAAACUUUAUGGGAAAUGCAAUGGUGCUACUUGUCACGGUCAUAAUUAUAAGCUCAAAGUAACUAUUCGAAAUGUACCUGAUUCUGAAACAGGCAUGGCUUAUAAUUUAUGCAAAUUGAAGACUGAAAUAGGAGUCAUAUUGGAGCAACUGGAUCACAAAAAUUUAACCUAUGAUGUAGAGUACUUCAAGGACCACGUUUCUACCACUGAAAACCUUGCAAUUUAUGUAUGGAAUGAGCUUAAAAAGAUUAUGAGUUUCCCAGAGUUACUAUGGAAAGUUUGUAUUAAGGAAACUAGCAAAAAUUCCUUCGCCUACUUUGGACCUUAG